UCGAUGCCCACGCUUCGUCGCUUAUCCCUCACUCUUCGACAUCUACUCUCCUCAUCAUGCCCGUCCAAGACAGCAUCAUGACCAUCUCGCCUGGCAACACGGCGGCAGCCAACGGCGGCGACGUCGUCGCGUGGCGCGAGACGUUCGGUCACCCCGCCGACCUCAAGGACGAUGAUGAGUACGAGGAGAACUUCCAGCGCAAACGCCGCAAUCGUAUCAUUGGCAUCUCGGCCGCCGCCUUGCUCGUCGUCGGCGUGGCUGUCGCCGUUAUUUGCACGCAAUCUGGUGGCACCGAUGCAAGCGUGAGCUCUGGCAACAAUGUACCGGGAGGUAAGUCUCCGACGCCUGUGCCGUCGUCGUCCAGCGGUGCGCCUUCGUCCGGCGAGGUGUCGGUUGGCAACACUGGAGUUGGCGAUGCCACGGUUCCUGUCGCUACGACGUUCACCCCCAUCUCGAUCGUCGAUGGCAACUCGACUACUGCUACCAACACCACAGAAACCGUGACGACGGAGCCCACCACCGUAACGCCAGAGCCCACAACUGCGCAGCCGACGACCGAAGCGGCUUCGCACCUCGAAGAGGCCACCUUGGCCCCGACGCCCGCUCCCACGCCGGCCCCGACGCCGGCCCCGACGCCCGCUCCUACGCCCGCUCCGACGCCCGCUCCGACGCCAGCUCCGACACCUGCUCCUACGCCGGCCCCGACGCCUGCGCCGACCCCGGCACCCACGCCUGCACCAACGCCCGCCCCAACCCAAGCGCCCUCGCCACCCAGCCCCGCUGCAAUCGGGUCGGGUGUUUACCGCAUCAAGAACGGCUGCGACAAGCCGCUCGACCUGUGGUGGCGCACGCAGCCGUAUGCCGACCACAACACGCAGCUCGCCGGCGGCGGCACCAAAGACUUUGGUGUUGGUGACUUUGGCGCUGGCAACGUCAUGUUCAAGAGC